CUUGUCUUGUAAUAAAUUCCUAGUAGUAUGAACAUGUGAGCUUCCAAGAAAUGAACCUUUUAAACCUAUCACUUUUACUAUAUACUUUUUUUUUUGUCCUAUCAAUUGGUAUACUAUAAGGUCUUUACACAUCAAAAGGCACACAUGAAGAAAGGCUCAAGAAUUGAAUCCAUGAAAUUUCUAGCUUCUUUGUUUAUCUGCUUCAAUUUUCUUUCAAUUGUACUAGCAGUAGACACCAUUAAAAUUGAUCAACCAAUUAAAGAUGGUGAAACAAUUGUUUCAGCUGGUGGGGUUUAUGAGCUUGGAUUUUUCAGGCCUGGAAAUUCAAGGAAUCGAUACAUCGGAAUAUGGUACAAGAAAAUAUCAACUGGAACAGUUGUUUGGGUUGCUAACAGAAAUGAUCCACUAAAUGACACUUCAGGUGUGUUGAUGCUCAAUCCUGAUGGAAUGUUAGUACUUGUUAAUAGUACUAACGGGACGAUUUGGUCGACAAAUUCAUCAACAACCUUGAAGAAUCCAAUAGCAAGAUUGUUAGAUUCAGGUAAUCUUGUCAUCAGGGAAGAAAAUGAUAAUAGAUCUGAAAUUGUCGCCUGGCAAAGUUUCGAUUAUCCAGGGGAUACUCUGUUACCUGGAAUGAAGCUCGGACGGAAUUUGGUAACGGGCCUGGAUUGGUAUAUGUCGUCAUGGAAAAGCCCGGAUGAUCCUGCUAUAGGUGAAUUUGUAGACAGGAUGGAUAUUCAGGGGUAUCCACAGUUAUUUGUAUGGAAAGGUUCUUCUAUUGCAUUUAGUUCAGGUCCCUGGACUGGUUUAGCAUUUAGUGGUAGUCCUAGUUUGCAACCGAAUACGUAUUUUACAUUCGGGUUUGUGCUUAAUAAGGAGGAAGUUUAUUACAAAUAUGAUCUUAAAAAUGGAUCAUUGCCCACCAGGGUGGUGUUAACCUCAACUGGAUUGAUAAAUCACUAUACCUGGAUCGAUCGAACACAAGAAUGGUUCCUUUAUUUAACAGCACAAUCUGAUAACUGUGAUCGUUUCGCAUUGUGUGGUCCCUAUGCGAGAUGUGUCAUUAACAACUCGCCCCCGUGUGACUGUUUACGGGGUUUUGAGCCGAAGCAUCCACAGCAAUGGGACGCAGCAGACUGGUCCAGCGGAUGUGUUAGGAGGACUCCAUUGGCGUGUCAGCAAGAUGGAUUUAGGAAAUUUACGGGGAUUAAAGUGCCUGACACGCGGAAAUCAUGGUAUAACGAGAGCAUUGGACUUGAGGAAUGCAAGAAGUUGUGUUCGGGGGAUUGUAACUGUACAGCCUACUCGAAUAUGGAUGUUCGAAAUGGUGGAAGCGGAUGUUUGCUCUGGUUCGGGGACCUCAUCGAUAUCAGGGAACUUAGUCCGAAUCAGGAGGACCUGUUUGUUAGGGAAGCUGCUUCAGAAGUAGAUCAAGACAAGAAACGGAAGAAAAAGAAGUCAAGGCUGAUUGCAAUUGUAUCAGCAGUAGUUGCGACUUGUGUACUCAGCCUUCUAGCUUGGUGUGCAUUCCACAGAAGAAAAAAGAGAACACGUAGGGAAGUUGGAACGGAAGAUAUGGAGUUACCAUUAUUUGAUUUAGUUACUGUUGCUACCGCCACUAAGAACUUCUCUUCUGCUAAUGUGAUUGGAGAAGGCGGAUUCGGACCUGUUUAUAAGGGUAAACUACGAAAUGGACCCGAGAUAGCGGUGAAGAGGCUUUCGGAAUACUCAGGACAAGGUCUACAAGAGUUGAAAAAUGAAGUGAUACUAAUAUCCAAACUACAACAUAGGAAUCUUGUCAAGCUUUUGGGGUGUUGCCUUGAAGGAGAAGAGAGGAUGCUCAUUUAUGAGUUUCUGCCCAACAAUAGCUUGGACUAUUUCAUUUUUGAUCAAAGCAGAAAAGGAUCACUUCCUUGGAGAAAUCGCUACGAAAUCGCGAUGGGAAUAUCUCGAGGCCUUCUCUAUCUUCACCAGGACUCAAGAUUAAGAAUUAUUCACAGGGACCUGAAGACCAGCAACAUUUUGCUGGACACUGACUUGAAUCCCAGGAUUUCUGAUUUCGGCCUAGCUAAAAUAUUUGGUGCAGAGCAAACGGAAGGAAAAACAAAUCGAGUAAUCGGAACAUACGGAUACAUGUCCCCAGAGUAUGCUGUUGAUGGGAAAUAUUCAGUGAAAUCCGAUGUCUUCAGCCUUGGCGUGCUUUUACUCGAACUUGUCAGUGGCAGAAAGAACAGGAAGUUUCAUCAUGUGAGUCAUCAUCAUAAUCUUUUGGGACAUGCAUGGUUACUAUGGAAUGAAGGAAAGGCAUUGGAACUGAUGGAUGAAUGUUUAAAAGAAUCAUAUGUUGAAUCACAAGUGUUGACAUGCAUUCAAGUAAGUUUAUUGUGUGUACAAAAACUCCCAGAGGACAGGCCUACAGUGGCAUCAGUAGUUUUCUGGUUAAGCAAUGAAGGUGUGGAAUUGCCUCAACCAAAGCAGCCUGGGUUCUUUAUAGAGAGGGAUUCAACUGAAUCAAAUGAGUCAACUGAUGAAAGAUGUCUCACUGGCAAUGAACUUUCACUAACAAUUCUUGAGGCAAGAUAGACAAAGGUUUUCUCCAUGUACUAGUACUACUAACCAAUUAGUAUACAAAAUUCCACUUCAAGAGAAAUGAACUGAAUUUGUAGAUUUAUGUCUUUUUAUAUUAUCCUGUGUUGCUCGGGAUCUUCAAAAAUGCCGCCAGAUGCGUGUCGGAUCCUCCGAAAGUAGUGCAUUUUUGGAGUAUCCGAUAUGGGCACGACAACAUUUUUGGAGAGUCCGAGCAACAUAGAUUAUUUCAUCAUUGUUUAAUCGUCCUUUGGAAGGGGAAUCUUGGUGCAAUGGUAAGAGUUGCAGUCGUGUGACCAGGAGGUUACGGGUUCAAACCGUGGAAACAACCUCUUGCAGGAAUGCAGAUGAAUUUAUUGUCUGUCGUUGGCCUUUAUGUUAGAAUCAGUCAGGGACCUGCGAGGCGGUAAGGCUGCGUACAAUAGACUCAAUGUGGUCCGGCCCGUUCCAAGAUCCGUGCACGACAGGAGCUUAGUACACCGAACUGCCUUUUGUGUAAUCAAUCUUUAGAUACUGUACUGGACAUAAAGAAUUGGGCUAGCCUGAGGAGAAACCUUCUGAAUCACUUGGAAAAUAGGGCUCAUCAGUCCUACAAAAGCAUCUACAAAUGUGUAUGCUCUUGUCCCUUUGGGGGGACAUCCUUUAAAAUAGGAACGAUACAGAAAAGACUGAAACGGUCCCUGCACAAGGAUGAAACGAGCAAGUUGAAAAAUGGUCCAAAUGUACUGGAGCAUGGUUUCUCCCCAUGUUGCUUGGACCCUGCAAAUAUGCCAAUGAGUGUGUGUCUGAUCCUCCAAAUGUAGUACAUUUUGGAGGAUCUGACGCAGUUGUGGCAGCACUUUAGAGAGUCCGAGCAACAUAGGUUUCUAAUUCAUCUUCGUUUAUAUGAAAAAUAAAAAUAAAAAUCAAUGACUUCAAUUGGCGGGCUUCAGUGUAUAACUGGUGGAUUAUCUUUUGAUGUCAAUUGUGGAAAUCAAGCUUGUAAGUUGAGAAAUUAUUGGCUUCCCUCUGUAUUGUAGUUACAAUUCCAUGUCUAGUUUAUCUUUUUCAGAGUUGCAUCAAGUUGAAACAAUUGUACCAAGGUAUUGAUAUCUAAAGGGAUUUCAGACAGUAAUCCAUUUAUUACUUGAUUUUGCGCAA